AUGUUGGAGAAAUUCAUCGAAGAUGAGUCCGUUUCGUACCAAGCUUCGUCUGGCGCUGUGGAUUUCGAGGUCGAAGGUGUCAUUUUCAGGCUCCCCAAAUGCAUUUUGCAACGAUACAAAGACUCCGCAUUUUCCAAUAUGAUCAAGGACUCCAACAACGAGUCUAAUAGACCUAUCCAUCUUGCUGACACGCGUAAAGCUUUUACUGAGUUUCGUCGGGUUGUGUAUACUCAUCAUCACCAGUCGUCCAAAGAUUUGGAGAAGGUACUCAUGGUACAGAAACUGGCGCACAAGUACUGCCUCUCACUUGUAGAGGAUCUGGCUGCUUCGAUUUCAACCAAUCUCGCUACAGAUGCUGUGUCACUGCGCUCGCGUACCACUGCCUCUCUCACACCUCUCGACAUUCUUAUCUGCGCAUUAGAUGUCAAGUGCGAGAAAUUAGCCGUGAUAGCCCGUAAUGUCGUCAAGGAAGAUCUAUGGGCAUCCAGGUUGUGCCCCUAUGCUGUGAUCUCUCGUUUGAACAAUUACGAUGAGAAAGAGGUUCGGGCAACUGCAUACUAUCAAGUUCUGCUCAAAGGGUCGGAUCAUUGGCUGCAUGAGCAGCAGCUUGAUCGAUCUCAUCAUUACUCUCUGUACGCUGGGAUUACCAACCUCUCGGCCCAAUGGGAGUUGAUCUUCUCCGAUUGGGGAAGUUUGUUCCACAUUGGGAUUCAGAAGAAUAUCCCGGGGUACUCAUACUCGUCUCACAUUCAGUACACGGAGUACGGGGAAAUUCACUCGCAGAUAUGGAGGAAUUUGGCAGAGAAGAAGUUCCAACCGUUUGAUGUCCUCGGGAAACUCAAGGCCAUUAGGUCAUGGACGGGAUUACCCAGAUUCCAGGACAUUGUGCGGCCGGCUGUCAAUACGGAAAUCAAGCGGAUCAAAAGUACACUCCACGUUUUCUUCCAGGAUCCUUACACCAAAACAUUACCUUCCAUCUAA